AUGGACUCUUCGACGAUGGCCCACGCAUCUAAUUUUGCGAUCGCUGAAGACCAGACCUCAUGUCAACGAUCUUAUCCUACAACUCCGGCUUUUCAGACUCAUUCUGAUUCAUCCGAUACUUUUGCAGCGGAACUUUUGAUUCGACCAAACGCUGUGACACCGACAAUUAGUAGGUCAUUUCUUUGGAUCUUAGGAUACACGCUACGGACGCUCUUCUGCGAUAUUCCUUUGCUUGUGGUGUUAUUGACGUACUUUUCUCUCAACUGGAUUCAUCAUGUUCACGAUAAUUAUUUGUACCCUCAGAUGCAGGCCCUGGUUUGGGAUGAAGAACGCGCAACGCAGGACAUCACGUAUUAUACACGUUUCUGCGAUGCCGACGACAUGACGACCAAGAAUGGAGCAGACCUAUUCUUGCCUCGAGACGCCUCGCCCAAGGAAGCGUAUGAGCAUCAGCUUUUGCACGGGUUCACUAUUUUCAAGUCGGUCCUGACGACCCCGACUGCUCGAGAUCUGCGUUCUUUCGUCUCCUCCCGCAAUCGCAAUUUGACCAGUAUGGAGAGUAUCUUUGUAAUUGAAGGCAACAACAGAUUUUCGUUUGGACUCGGGACAGAGGAACCUUCUGUGGCGAAAGCGAUGAAAGAGCUUGCUAAUCACGACCAACUACGGCGUUCAUUGGAAAAGAUUAUCGGACCUAAUCCUGCCUUGAUUGAAAUGACUGCGAUUACAUCUUCGUAUGGAGCGGUCGCUCAGUGGUGGCACGACGAUGUCAUUCCAACGGCUUCUGCAGUAAAAUAUGCACGGACAUUUGCCCCUAGCUACUCUGUGUUCGUCCAGCUGCAAAAUACGACCAAGCAAAUGGGUGCAACUUCGGCUUGUCCUGGUAGCCACUAUUGCGGAGCUGGCCGUAUGGAUCUUUUUUGUGACGAAGAGGGUUUCCAGGUUGUUGGUGACGACGGGUAUUGGGGGAUUGGCGAUGCCCUUCUCAUGAACAUGAACUCGUAUCAUCGCGGUGCUGCUCAUACUGAUCCCGAGGGAGAGGACCGCGUCAUGCUAAUUUUGACGUUUGCCCCCAAACCUGAACCACGCGUAGAAUCCAGGCAAAUGUCGGAAGGCAUCACUUUUUCUCUGCGCUGGGAUAUGUGGGGACAUACCUUGUAUGAUCUUGCCCGUGCCGAUACUCGUAUGACCCAGCCUUGGGCGACGCUUCGUGCCCUUGGUCUUUACAAACCUGAUGAAAGUGAUUGGGGCACCGAUUAUAUCUCGAGUACAUCUAUGCGUCUCUUGAAUGAUUACAAUGGAUUCAUACCGGACGAUUUGGCUAGUUUUAUAGAAGCUGGUGGCUUUCCUCUCCUCCCAUCAUUUCUGCAAGCAGAAUUCAACGAAGAUCACGGUCCCCAAGACGCGUGGUACCACUUUAUUUUGGAAACUUUUUUUAUUUGUAAAGAGUUCAUGAAGCGUGUCUCUAUUGCAGCGAUAGUAGGCUACGUUGCCUUUUUCUUGCUCGUUGCAAGCUGGUCUGGCAAGAAAAAUCGCGCAGCGAAAUUCUUUGAUGCGAUUUUAAGGCUGUUACUAAUACUCGGCGUCGUCUAUCUUGCUGAGAUACUUGCUCGCCGCCACGUGGACGAAUCACUAUGGGCCAUCGAUAUCAAGGCUAACCGUCGCUACUCCAGUGUUUUCACAAAUGAGCUACAUUACGAUGUUGUUGCGAAGGGAUCUUCUACUUUUCCGACCCGGCACGAUGUUUUGAUUGAGAAUCGAUAUGGCUCGGAGUAUCUUGCUAUGUAUGAUGACUAUAUCAAUGGUCACCCCGGUAAUCGUGUAUUCGGAAAGGCUGUCAGAAAAGCUGCCCCGUAUUUUUCUUCCUAUUCGGAUCUCUUUAAGAAAGCAACCAUAGGGUUUGUAGUUGAAACGAUCGAGAUGGAGCUUGGCCGUUUUCUCUUGCAAGGACCGAAGGGAAACUGGUAUUUAAUGGAAAGAGAGGAAGCUUUGGACUACACAGCGAAAGAAAUUGCAGCACUUUCCUCUCCAGGUACUAAAGCUGUCAGGGAUAGAAUUCGUCUUUUGAAAGGAGACUGCCGAUUUGGGGUCUAUCGUGACACAGCGAUGUCGAAGUCCCAUAACUUUCCGUACUUAAAAUCGUUGGAGGAUCUCGUUCUUGCAUGUGGUCGUCGAUUGGUCCAACGCAACCCGCUUUUACCUUUGGGUGUCAAUGCAAACAGGGAAAGAGUCUUCUUUGGGCAGACACGAAUGUUACAGCCGCCGGUGACGAGGGCGCAAUUCAAGCGACGUGGCGUAGACCUUGGGAUAGGCAGCAAUCCUGAGCCUCCGUCAGAGCUUGCAUGGCUCAAAUCCGGCGACUUUGUCGAAGGAGUGGUCGAUGGGUACUGGUAUGUAGGCGAACUCAGUUUGAUUACAGCCCACGGGUUAUACCACAUAGACUAUCCGGAUGGCGACAGCAACUACGUGGAUGAAUACGAGAUCAGAUCAGUACUUCCGCUGGACGUGGGUGAGAAGGCGGAGUACUUUCAUAGCUCUGAGGGCAUCUAUGUCUCCUCUACUGUUACGGCUGUGCUAAAUGACUUUCUGUAUAAUAUUAUAAUCGACGAAACCGGGAAAUCCGUCGAGGAAGCGGUAAUCGAGCAUUUUCGUCGCCCGCUCCAAGUGGAAGUGGAGCGAUACGAAUAUCAAGCCGCUUACUAAUGGAAAUGUAUUC